CUUAGGCUGGGAGCUGUCACUUGUCAGAGGCAGUCGAUGUGAGCAUGUGCACACAGAUUCCGCUCCCAAUGGCUCAGCAGCUCCCCGGAAAAUUAUUUUGAAAAAAUCUGAAUGCAUAAGGCUAAAGUUUAAGCAGAAGUGAGAACAAAAAGCAGACAGCAGACUCUGUCUACGGAGAAUGAGCCUCCUGAAGCCUAAGAUUUUAACGUGAUAACCGUCAGAGCUGUACCGCAAAGAGACUAAAAACUCCAUCUCCAGCUGUGAGGCUUGUGUCUGCGCCCCAGCAGGAAUGCCAAUCGCAGCCUCGUAACUUUCAGACAGAUCAAGACUGGGAGAAAAUAACAGAGGAUCCUGACCCAGGAGGUGACAUCGACUCCCGUGGGAUUUGAAUCCACUUUGCGACCAGAUGAUGAACUCCACCUUCCCCCGUGGGAUGCACACUUCUCUGCACUUCUGGAACCGCAGCAGCUACGGACUGCACAGCAAUGUCAGCGAAACCCUGGGGAAAGGCUACUCUGACGGGGGGUGCUACGAGCAACUUUUCGUCUCCCCUGAAGUGUUUGUGACUUUGGGUGUUAUAAGCUUGUUGGAGAAUAUUCUAGUGAUCGUGGCUAUAGCCAAGAACAAGAAUCUACACUCACCCAUGUACUUUUUCAUCUGUAGCCUGGCUGUGGCAGAUAUGCUGGUGAGCGUUUCCAAUGGAUCAGAGACCAUAGUCAUCACCCUGUUAAACAGUACAGACACCGACGCGCAGAGCUUCACGGUGAACAUUGAUAAUGUCAUCGACUCGGUGAUCUGUAGCUCUCUGCUUGCAUCAAUUUGCAGCCUGCUUUCCAUUGCAGUGGACAGGUAUUUUACCAUCUUUUACGCUCUGCAGUACCAUAACAUUAUGACGGUUAAACGGGUCGGGGUCACCAUAAGCUGCAUCUGGGCGGCUUGCACGGUCUCGGGCGUGCUGUUCAUCAUUUAUUCGGACAGCAGCGCUGUCAUCAUCUGCCUCAUCACCAUGUUCUUCACCAUGCUGGCUCUCAUGGCCUCUCUCUAUGUCCACAUGUUCCUCAUGGCCAGACUCCACAUUAAGAGGAUCGCUGUCCUCCCGGGCACCGGCACCAUCCGCCAAGGGGCCAACAUGAAGGGGGCCAUUACCCUGACCAUACUGAUUGGGGUCUUUGUGGUCUGCUGGGCCCCGUUCUUCCUUCACUUGAUAUUCUACAUCUCUUGCCCCCAGAAUCCAUACUGUGUGUGCUUCAUGUCUCACUUUAACUUGUAUCUCAUACUGAUCAUGUGCAACUCCGUCAUUGACCCUCUCAUUUAUGCACUCCGGAGUCAAGAACUGCGGAAAACCUUCAAGGAAAUCAUCUGUUGCUAUCCCCUGGGAGGGCUCUGUGACUUGUCCAGCCGGUACUAAAUGGGGGUAGAGGGGAGACUAAAAUCCAGCUUAAAAGACUUUUUCAUUCUUGUGCAACCAGAGCAGUGUACUUCAGCACCCGUGUGUCUUCUGUGUUGUACUUCGAUUGAGAAAACUUAUGAUAUAAAUUUAAGCUUAUGAUUUUUGAUAUGAAAAAAUGUCCAGUCUCAGUAUUAUAAUUCACAUCAUGCUACUUUUUGGUUGUAAAAUGCUAACCUGUAUUAUAGAUUAUAGAUACUAUGGAUUUCCAAAAAGAAAGAUGUCCUUAUUAAAAGCUUAACACUGUC